UGCUGAGCGGACAGAGCCCGGACAGAGCCCCGACAGCCCGGGGCAGCUGCCCCCGGAGCCGGAGGGUGCUGUGAGUGCCCCUGGAGCUGCUCGGGGACAUCCCGGCCCGGGACCAGCCGAGAGAUGGGACUCGCCCCCCGCCUUCUUGGUUUACAAUGAAAAUAUUGCAAGCCUGUCUGGAAUGUGCACAUUGUAUUCCAGCCUUGCCAGAGCAUUUCUGAGGCCCAGAGACAGUCCCUGAGGGAGCUCUGCCACCUCUCAGCUGAGAACAAUAAUGUCAUUGUUCUUGUCAGGAUCUUCUAGAUAUUCCUGGAAUGUGAUACAGAGAAAAAUGUUCUUUUCUAACGACUCGGUUGUGGACUUUUAAUCAGCCUUGGAUUUCUGGGAAUGCUGCAACAUGGCUUCAGUUGGGAAUGAGAUAGAAAGGUGGACUCCCAGGCAAGGUGGCAGAAGUGGGGAGCUGGCAGAGCCUGUGAUCCCCCCUGAGAACGAUCAUCAUCUGUCACCAGUGAAGUCGAUGGGCAGCACAGACCAUGCCCUGCACCUCCCUGGGAGGGCAGACUCUGCCUACAGCUCCUUCUCAGGGGGCUCCCACGUGCCAGAGUGUCCCACCCGCCCGUGCUGUGGGGAAUGUUGCCCCUUGCCCCCGGAGCAGGCGCCGUACAUGGACUCUGAGUAUGUCAGGGGAAUUUAUACUCUCAGUGCUGCACCCCCUGACCUCAGAUCCCUGCAGCCACACAAGGCACCAGCCCCCAGCAUCCAUCCCAGCUCUCCCAGCCUCCCUGACCGCUGUGGAACCGCUCCCACCAGAGGGACUUUGAAUCAGGGACCUGCAGCUCUGGCAGCACCUCCACCUUCCCCUCCCACACGGCUCGACAGCUACAACAUCACCAGACACCGGGACAGUUCCAGAGGGGGACACAGCUCUGGGGGACACAGCUCUGGGGGACACAGUGAGUGCAAGGGGCAGGCAGCUCCUGCAGUGCAGGACAGUCAGCUGGCACACAGGGAUGUGCCAGGGAGCCAACACUGGCAUGAACUCACAGAGAGAGACAUCAGGCCUGCCAGGGAAAAGACUCUGGAAAACAAGGGCCUUUCUUCUGGUUCUACAAACGAGGCAUCUCUGUCAAACAUUCAGGGGUUAAAGACAGGGGGAAAUGGAGAGUGGAGCCCACCCCAACAACCUGCAAAGAGAAGCAAUCCACACAUUUGCAGCAGACCUUCUUCAUUCAUCUUCCAAGAAUAUUUAAGGACAGACUCUGUGGCAAAUGUGCCCAAAAUACUUUCUGCUUAUAAUUCAGUUCAUGGUUAUAAAAUUCCCACCGAGAUGAACUCCCAGUCCUAUCACCCAGCACAUUCCAACCCCAGCGCUGUUAAUGAUACACAGGAAGUCAAACAGUGUCCCUGUGGGGUGCAGAAACCAACUGCCAAAGCAGCUCUGCCAAGCACCGUGCCAGGACCCAGCCAGGGGAAGGGGCCCUUGCCCCGUGCUCAGGACCUGCUCUGUGCCCAGUGGCACCCAGACAUGGACCAGGAUGUGUUUGAGGACAGCUGUGACACACAAUGUGUGGAGAAUGCUCUCCCUGCAAAAAAUGCUUCCAGGAAGCUGAACAGUUGUACAGAUAACAAUCGGUGCUAUGAUUCUGCAGGAAAACCUGGGAGAGGUGUCAGGGAGCCAGUCCUGGAUCAGCAAGGCAGAGUGCAGAGGUCACUGGGGUGCUGCAGCUGCGAGGCUGUGGGAGCAGAGCACCCUCAGCACGAGGGGCUGGAUCAGGGAAGGAAGCAGUGCUGUGACACCAGCAGCCAAAUGGCUUUUUUCAGACCAAAGGAAGAUCCCACAUCUCGCUUAGUACGUGAAUCCCAGGAAGGAAAACGGGAUAAUAACAGCAAUCCCAACCUCAGCACGUGUCUGGAACAAGGGGAUCCUCCUGUUCAGAAGCACCAGCCUGGAUUUCAAACCCAGCUCUCCAGACAGCUUUGGGAGGAUGGUGCUGGUGAGCAGAUCAGCAGGCAGAUGACCCCCAUGCUUUACUACCUCUCUGGGGGGGAGCCCAGCAGUGUCCCACAGCCCACCCAGCUCCCCCACAGCCAGGAGGACUCCAGGUCACCACGGGAAAUCCCUUCCAGCGGCUGUGCUGGCUCAGCACAGGGUGUGGAGAAGCCAAGGGAGAGCCCUCAGUGCCCAGGGCCCAGCCAGCACCCCCGGGGCAGGGCUGAGCUCCACAGCCCCCAUCCCAUCCUCGAUCCCAUCCUCGGGGGCCCUGCCUCAUUCACAGAGGAGAGCUUCCAGAAUGACUACAGAGAGAAACUUAAAGUGGCUCAGAAAAAGGUCCUUAGAGAAACCUCCUUUAAGAGGAAAGACUUACAGAUGAGUUUGCCUGUCAGACUGAGACAGAAACCCUCUAAAAGGCCCUCAAUUGAACACCUUCGGUCUCUCUCGUUAUCCAGUGCAAACGAGGAUGCCAAACCUGUUCUUUGCUCCCCUUCUCAUCUAGAAUCCCUGGAAAGUUUCAGUAAAGAUGAAGGAAUACAGAAGCCACAAACAAGCCGAGUAGGGGCAAGGAAAAGGGUAACCAAAGAGGAAAAGAAGCUGUGCUAUUCUGAGCCUGAGAAGCUCGAUCAGCUAAUGGAUAAGGAAGCAUCUUGGAGUCAAGUUAGGGAUGAAAUCACUGAGCAAGAUAUAGUGGCAGCCAGGAGAAGGGCUCUGGAGAAUGGAGAAAGGGCACUUUCCAGUUCCAGCAUCUCCAGGACAGAGCUGAAACAAAUCCAGCACACUGCACUGAUGGAAUACAUGGAGCGAAAGAUCAGCCAAAGGCCAGGGGGUUCACAGCACCUCCCACUGCACCAGCCACCCCUGCACAAGAGGCUGUCACAUCCCAAAGGGCCUCCUGGCAAGAUUUCCAACCCAAGUGGGAGCAGGAAGAUGCAAAAUGAUGAGGUUUUCCACCAAGUUUUCCCCAGAGAGAAAUCGCCUGAUGUUUUUCCUGCCUCGGCUGUCGCUGCCCCGCCGGGUGUGAGCAGCAGAGGGGAUCCCAGUGGGGCUGAUCCCAGCACAGCACACGGGACCUGCCCCAGCACCUGUCCUGCAGCUGAAAGGCUCCCACAGGCAGGUGAUCCUGCACUGGGGAGAGCUCCUGACAGAUCAAAAUCUGCUCCUCCUUCCCCUCGGGACACCUGCAGAUGUGCCAGUGGUGCAGCAGCACCAUCCCAGAGCUGUGAGGGCUGUGCCAGCUCCCCCAGUUUCCGUGAUCCUGAGAAAGAUGGAUCCAAGAAUCAUGGACAUAAUGGCAUAACUGGACAUGCAUGUUUUCAGGAUACUAAGGAGCUGACUCCUGAAACCUCUGCUCCCAUCCCAAGAAGGGGAAGCGAGGAAGGUGGUGGAGUGGAGGAGGAAUGCAGAACUCAGUGUCCCAGUGGGAAUGCUGCACUGAAGCACCCAGGGCAGCAUCCUGCAGCUCCUGCAGAGCAGGGAAUGUGCCCACCCCCAGCACUGGCUCAGCCUCUCCAAGGAGACAGAAAUGCCCCCAAAGGCUCAGCUGCACAGGAGGAUGUUCCCCUGGGGACAGGGACACGCCUGCCCAGGAGGAGGCUGCAGGAUCCUCACCACCAGCGGGACCAGGAGCUUGCUCUGGAGAUCGUGGCCAGGGACAGGUCUCUGGUGGACAUUCUCAUGCCUCAUCCUGGCAGAAAAACUGCUUUGGACCUGAUGGAGGGUUUGUUUCCCGUUAACAUUUCCAUGCUGGAUAAAUCACACAGGAAGAAGGGCAACGUGCAGCAUGUGCAGGAGAAGGAGAAAAGCCAUGGAGAUGGCCCAGAAGAAUGUCCUGAAUCUGAACAUGAAGCUGAGAGAAGGAGCAAAGAAUCUACCUCUGAAAGACACCAAGUCCUGCCCAGGAGCAGGGACAGCACAAACGACCCAGAUGACAUCACAUCUAAGAAACUGGAGCUCAUGGCCAGCCUGCGGGCCAGGCUGCAGAGCCUGUGGGAGGAGCAGGAGCUGGUCCUGCAGGAAUCCCGGGAAUGCGCCCGGCGGGGCCAGGGGCUGCAGGACACGGUGAGGGACCUGUGCAAGCCCAACGAGUUCGAGCGGUACCUGAUGUUCAUCGGGGACCUGGAGAAGGUGGUGAGCCUCCUGCUGUGCCUGUCCAGCCGCCUGGCCCGGGUCCAGAACGCCAUGAGCAGGAUGGAUGGAAGCACCGACCCCGAGGAGAGGCACUCGCUGAGCCAGAGGCACAAGCUCCUGUCCCGGCAGCGGGAGGACGCCAAGGACCUGAAGGAGAACCUGGAGCGCAGGGAACGGGUGGUCUCUGGAAUCCUGGCCAAGUACCUGACGGAGCAGCAGCUCCAGGACUAUCGGCACUUUGUUCAAGCCAAGACCUCCUUGCUGAUUGAACAGAAGGACCUCGAAGAGCAGAUUAAGUUCUUCGAAGAACAAUUAGAAACUCUUGAGCAAAGUCUCCCCCUCUAACACCCGGCCCAGACACUGGUGUUGGGGGCCUGGCCCUGGAACCCACAUGGCACAGGGCUCACGGGGUGAGUUCUUCCAACCCUGCUGGUGCCACAGCACUGGCAGGUGCUCAGAUGCUCUGGGGAUGCUCCAGGCACACCCUGGAUGUGUAUCCCACUGGGACAGGCCAGCUGACAGUGUCUCACAGUGUGAGACAUGACUGAUGGGAUGGGGACAUGACUGAUAGGAUGUGUUGCUCCUAUUAACUUGGCGUGUAUUUACCCCUCUUGUUGACUGUCCAUCUAUUUCCAGGUUGACACAGUCUCAAUAAAAGAACCAUACAAAUAUUUACCUCUUGUGGGUGGGUUGAAUAUUUGAAGUGAAAAACGAUGUGGGUGCUCAGAUUUGAGUGGGGGAUUGCACAGAGCCCCAGGAGAUGUUAUGGACCAUUUCGGUGAAACUCCUGCACUCACUUCUGCUGUUCAGAUGUGUGACAGUAAAAAUACUCUGUAAUGGAAGAAAAUAAUUACUUCCUUUCUUGGCAGUUGCCAUCCCUGAGUCUUUCCUGGCUCUGUGCAAUCCCAGGGAGCUGUUCAGAGGAGGUCAGAAGAAGGGUGGUCCUCACUGACAUCAAAGAGCCGACCCGUGAUGGAGUCAGCUCAGAUGAACAGUGUUGAGAAUCAUAAACUCUGAGCUUAUUCCUGCACAGUCCUUUGCAAAGUCCUUGCUGUGCUUUUGAAGUGCUUGUUUUUCAAGCAGCACCUUCAGGAGGUUGCUUUUGGGUAGUUUUCAAUUGUCAGUGUGCACUGGAUGAGGGGGCAGAGCUCUGCUGCAGCCUGGGGCAGGUGGGAGCCCUGGGGGAGGUUAUUGGGUUUCAGAGAGACUUUAUAUAAAUCCCUUGGCAAACAUCUUUUAAACAAAUGUUGUGUGUUGAGUCAGACCAGGGAUGUUGCUGUAUUUAAAAUCUGAGUGUGUUUUGCUUGUUUGUAAGUAUUCAGAGAGAACAAUAUUCCAUCUGAGCUGCAUACCUAGACCAUGAAUAAGGCAGCCACUAAUUGAACUCAGGUUUCUUCCAGAGCCAGAAUAGAUAUUCAUUGUCCCAGGAUGUUGGGCUAUACCAAGAAAUGUUUUACUAGUGGAGUGUGUCCUGACUACAGUAAGUAUCAUCACCACUGACAGAAGCUGUUCCUGAGGCAUCUUAUCCUUUGGAAUUGCAUUUCACUGGGCACAAGAACUCCAGGAGCACAGAGACCAAGCUGCCAU